AUGGACAUCGACAGACUCAAGCGAAAAAGGGCCGUGGCGCGAACUUCUACAACGAAGCUGAUCAAUGAAGUAUCCACCAUGGACGACAGCGCAUCAAUCGGUGAGCUGGAAGAAAAGCUAAAUCUUCUUACUCUUAAAGAAGACGCACUGAAAGAGCUAGAUCGGGAGAUUGAAAAAGGCGUUGAAGAUGAAGCUUUCGAAGAGGAAAUUGCAUGCUCCGAAAUGUACGGAGAAAAGACCAUCGUGGCUAAAACAAAGGUACAACGCAUGCUACGCGACUUUAGCUGGACAAAUGUUUCAUCAGAUCGCACACUAAACUCCUCAGAUCAAAGAGAAUCUAGCGCAAACGAUUCGCAAAUACGCCCCACCGUAAAGCUACCAAAGCUCGAAAUCAACAAAUUCAACGGAGAGCUUCGAGAGUGGCAAGGGUUCUGGAGUCAGUUUGAGUCGACUAUCAAAGCUAACCAGAACCUCUCAAACGUAGACAAAUUCAAGUACCUCAACAGCUACUUGACAGGAAAGGCGGCGGCUGCGGUAGCAGGACUUGACUUGUCGGAAGGCAACUACGAUGUCGCUCUCUCGCUAUUGAAGGAGAGGAAGACCACAUGUCACGGCUGCUUAACAUCAAGCCAGUGCGUGACUCACGGAAUCUCGGUCAACUGCGCAGCCUCGUCGACGAAGUAG